CUGUUACCCCUCCUUAUACUGAGGCUUCCGUCUUUAAUGUGGUAACAGGCUGUGAAAGAGCUGAAGUGAAAGUCUGCAGCUCACACUGACCCUCGGUGCUGAUCCAGACACCAUGAAGACUGCACCUGUGGCUCUGCUCCCCGGUGUGUGUGUGCUGCUGCUGUCUGCACUGACCGUUUCUGCAGUGUCUCUGUCUGUCAGUCCAAACCUUCAGCAGGUCUUCAGUGGAUCCUCUCCAGUGUCUCUGAGCUGUGAUGAUGGAUGGACGGUGAGGAGGACCAGAGGAAACCAGACUGAUGAUUGUGGAGCAGCGGCAGACUUCAGGAGACUUAAUGAGUCCUUGUGUGUUCAGGACUUGCAAACAACCUUCACAGGAAUUUACUGGUGUGAAACCAGUUCUGGGCAGAAGAGUGAUGAAGUCACCAUCAGUGUUUCAGAAAAAGGAGUGAUCCUGGAGAUCCCGGCACUUCCUGUGAUAAAAGGAAGUAAUCUCACUCUGCGUUGCAGGCUCAGCAAUGGUGACACGGUGGCAGCUUACUUCUUCUACAGUGGACGUCGUCUUGUAUCUGGACAUAAAGAGCACACCAUCUUCAACGUGCAGCAGUCUAAUGAGGGUUUCUACUGGUGUGCUACUGAUCUGAGUGGACCAUCUGCUCAUAGCUACCUGAGGGUCAGAGAUCCCCCGAAGACCUCCGUCAGAUCAUCUGUCCAUUCUCGUGAAACCAUGUCCCCCAUUCCCUCUCUUCCCCCUCCUCCCACCAACUGUUCCUCACCUCGUCCUCCUCCUGCUCCUUCUUCUUGUGCGCCUGUGUUGAGACUCCUCUCCCACCUGCUGGCCUUUUGUAUUUACUCCAUCACCACCGGCCUGCUGCUGUCCAUCUGCUUGGACCGGCUGGCCACCAGGCGCUCAGGAAACAGACUUCCCGUCUCCGUGGAGAUGACCCACUGCAUUGAACAAAACUACGAGGCGGUGGUUGACAUCACGGCUGAGCGCGCGCUCUACGAGGACUCUGAAUACUCUGAAUGAGUCUGCUGCUCUGACUCCGGUAACGUUUCAUCACACAUGAGCAGAGGGAAGCGUCCAUCAUGCGGGAAGCUCCAGCUUCUCAUUUCUCAGACUACACAUGUGAUACUGGUUUCUUCCCGCUCCUCACAGUCACUUCCUGAAAGAUUUGUUACUGAAUCAUGUCACGGAGUGUGCACAUGCCUUUGUUCAGGGUCCAGGGUUUCCCACAUGCUCUCUGCUCGCUCUCCUGUUGACUCUUUGAAUCCCAGCUUUUGUACUUCGGCUCACAGAUGAACGUCUGAUGUUGGAGGUUAAACUGCUGUAACAGUGAAGCCCAGAGAGGGUUUCCCACUUUUACUAAUAACAUAACGUUUCAAUCUGUAUAUGUUUAACUUUACACCUUGUAACAGUUUAAUGCUGGAACUAUUUUCUCUGUACUGUCUUCAUCCGCCAGCCAUAUAACAGCUGGAUGAUGUUACAGCUCAGCUGAUGGGGGAAGCUUCCUGUGGUGUUGUCAUGCCAUGUUCUCUACAGUCAUACAGCCACAGGGUGGAAACUAAAACUCAAGACUAAAACCAACUGUGAAGAAAAUAUUGUCAUCACAUGAUAUAAAAUUAACUAAACUAAAACAACUGAAACAAUAUUGGAAAAAAUUAAAAUGAUAUAUUAAAAUAAUCCUAGACUUUUGUUGAGUUUUUUUUUAACAGAAUUAUUCAGAGGAGGCUUUAGUUUAGUUGAGCUUUGAUGUAAUUAUGAGUCACGUUUUUAUGUCUUCAUGCAUUUUCUAAAUUCCUAAAUGCGCCCCAGACAAGUGCCAUAAUAUUAGAGUUAGCCUGCUUUUAUUAGUGGACACAUAUCAGCUGAAUAACAGAAUCUGCACUAAACUGUAUUUGAAAACAUUUAUACAAAAUGUACACAGAGUACUCCUUAUAAACUUUGUAAACAAACGUCACAUCUGUGGUGGUCAUUUUUAACACUUGGUUUGUGUUUUAUGUGUCUCGUCUGACCAGAACUGAGAUCAGUAAAUAAAGCUUGUUUCCUCUUAUCCACUUCUCUGGGCAGUGUCUCAGUUUCACUAUCGGUCAGUGUCACUUCUUCUUCGCUUCAGCAUUAAUGGUCAU